GCCGGAAAUGCUUAGAAAGGCAGGGUUAAUGAGGAGCCGCGGGGUUCCGCUGUGCUGGCCCCCCAGAGAAGGGCAUCCUCAGCCGACCCCAGGACAGUGGCGCGCACACCGAGUCUUCCAGAGUGCGGGUGCGGUCGCUUCCUUGCACCUCCCUUCCUGGCCCUCAGCUACCUUUUCUCCAGUCUGAGGAAGCUUCUGAGCCGCUCGCGCCAUCCUAGUGUGAAACGGCUAGAUGUACCGGAAUUUUCAUCUCUGCACCUUUUUAAAGCCGUACAGCUCACUAAAGUUUUUUGGCUUUGUUGCAAAAGAAAGUCAAAGUUUAAUUUUUCUCCAGUGAACAAGCUUACAGAUUAAGAUUUAUGUCACUCCAAGAAGUAAACAAACAUGCAGUUCUUCCUCCCAUCAUUAGUAGAAGUGACAAGGAGUUUUUGGAAAGCAUACAAAGAUACAUAAUUACAGAAACCAAGAGAGUGGGCUGCAACGAGGAAGGACCUGCUGACGAGUAUUACACCAUAUACCGAAAUGUUUUCGACAAGGUAAUAGACUAUGUCAAUUCAUACAAGUCCAUUCUUACUUCAAUCAAAAAAGAAUACGAUGCCUUUAUUGAGACAAUAAAGAAAGGCCGAAGAACUGCUUUUUAUCUUCAUGGGAAACUUAAAGUUUUGGCAGCAGAGCCCACAGCACUGGUGUAUCACCAGAGAAGAGCCAUCCAACUUGAAGCAAAAGUGAGGAUUAUUGAAAAUAAUUCCAAAGUGAUUCAGUCGCAAAUAGACGAGAUGAGACAGCUGAGGGCAGAGUAUGACAAGAAAGAAGUGAAGCUCUGUGCUUCUACCAGGCAGCUCUGGAGACCCAUCCCAGGGAUGACUCUUCAAGAUUCUGUCAAUCUGGAUGCUCUCAAUAAAUAUAAGCAGCAUCUUGAAGAUAAAUAUAUAAAGUGUAAGCAAGAUAUGUCAACAGAGUAUGUACCAGCCCAAAAGAAGGCUGACCUGGAUGAGGAAAUGAUUGUGUUACUGAAACGCCGAGAUGUAGCCGAAAGUCUGAACAAAGACCUGCAGUUUCGCCAUCAAAGACUGCAGGUUAUUUCACACACACUUACUUCAUGGCUGAAGCAAAACAUGAGAUUCCCAUUUGAAGAAGUCUUGGAGAAAAUUCAGAAAACCAAAGCAGUCUUUGGUGAUGAAAGCAUUGUUGGUGAGCUGUUUGAAGAUGACCCAAGCAAAACGAAAGAAGCUAUAAUUAUUCUUUACUACAUCGAAAGGUUCAAUGAAUUAAUCUCCCUUGGCGAAUAUGAGAAGGCAGCUUAUUUUGCAGCAAGCAGUCCAAGAAGAAUUCUUCAAAAUAUUGGUACAAUGAAUAAAUUUAAGGCUGCUGGAAAAAUUAGAGGAAAACCUCUCCCAUUACUCUUGUUUUUUGAGGCUAUAUUUAGCACCAGUCAGGCCUUCAAACGCCCUAUUAAUGCUGACCUAACCGUGGAGGGAAUCAAAUGUGGACUAUCUGAAAAACGGCUUGAUUUAGUUACCCAUUGGAUCACCCAGGAAAAGCUGACAUUUUCUGAGAAGGCUGGGGAUAUUGUUUUUGCUUAUGGGGAGCAGAACACAUACCACAAGCCUAACUGCUUGGCUUUAGCUCAGAUUAUCUACAACGAAUGUGCUUUACACAAGAAAGCUCUUCUUUGCCUGUGUAAACAGGGUCAGAUUCACGAGGCUGUGGAACAGAUACAACAGUUAAAGGACUUCACCUUUGAUGACCUGAUAAAACUAAUAACAGCGUGUCCCCAAACUGAGUUAAUUAAAUGUCUUACUCAAGAAAGGGAUGGAAAACCACCAUUUUUAUCUUUUGCGCUUGCUGUGCUUCAUCUGUUUUCUGUGGACAUGAAAAAGGUUGGCAUUAAGCUGCUUCAGGAGAUCAGUAAAAGCGGGAAAGAUGAAAUAGAGCGUCUUGUGAUGGACGAUCCAUUUUGCUCCUUAGAAAAAUGGCAAGAGAUGGCAAAUCUCUGUUUACAGAAUGGUUUUGAAAAUUUGUCUAGUAACAUCAUGUCCAUUCUUCGAUCCCAGGCUGGAGUUUCAGAAAUUUCUGAAGAUGAUUCCAUCAACUUAAUGGAACAUGUUUUUUGGUAGUUCUAUGUUUUAUCCAGCUGAGGGCGCUUGUACAACAUUUUAUAGGCAUUGGCUGGGUAAACUGGUUUUAGCAUAGUUAACGUAAAUAAAUGUUAAGUAUAAUGCUCUCAGCAAUAAAUGACACUUCCAUUAUGUUGUUCAGGUUUGAUCUUGAAACUGUUGCUUCCUUCCUACCAUGUGGUCACUUCUUAUAGCAGAUCUAGAGCAAAUCCAAGAGUAUAGCUCUGCAUAAAGAUAGCAUAAUUCGAGACAGAGUUUCUCUGUAGCUUUGGAGCCUGUCCUGGAACUAGCUCUUGUAGACGAGGCUGGCCUUGAACUCACAGGGAUCCACCUGCCUCUGCCUCCCGAGUGCUGGCAUUAAAGGCGUGCACCACCGCUGCCCAGCUGGAUACCUUCUCAUCAUUUAAUUUGAUCCCUAGAAGUGAAGAAGGUGUGGGCAAUGCUCUACCUUUGCUCUGACUUUCUAAGUGUCAGAUAUCACAAGCUCGCCUCCACAAGAAAAGAAGAUGUCACUUGAAGACUGACUGUGCUGGGAAAAACUAGACUGAUUCAAGGAUGGCUCUAGCCUUUGAUGUCUGUCUGUGAUCCAUGGACACACACGGACACACACACACACAUGCGCGCACGCGCGCGCACACACACACACACACACACACAUACACGCACGCACGCACUCAUGCACGUACGCAUGAUAACCUUUGCCAUUUUAUAAACAGAAAAGUUCAGACUCCAACUGAGGUUUAGAAUGUUGGCAUGUUUUUACUUAAAGGGAAGACCAGAGAGAUUGCUUUGGGUACUCUUAGGCGUGGAAAAUGGAUCUUUAAAAAAAAAUCAUUUUGUACCGUGCAGUGUUGAUUGCCUAAAAUCCUAGUUCUCAGGAGGCAGAAACAAGAUGAGUUUGGGAUCAGACUGGACUGCAUAGUGAGAAUGUCUCAGAAGCCAAAUAAAAUAGAAUACCAGCAAAGCAAAACCCACCCAAAGAGACAAGAGAUAAUUUUAAAAAAAUAAUACCAAGUAUUUGAAAUUUUAGAAUUCUU